AUGGGUGCUAGUGGAGAUAACAGGAUAACCACAGAUGCAGAUGGAACCAAUAAUUCGUCGCUUCCCAACAAUGGCUUAAGGAAGACAAGAAAACGAACAAGAAAUUCGUUAAAUUGGAAAGUAAAUGCGAGGAAAAGUAUGUGCCAAGCAGGGAAAUCAUAUAUUAUUGCCAGAGUGUGUGUUCACGAAUUGUUUAAAACGUUCGCCAUGGCGGAUUUAUCAAAACCUCCACUGAGUGAUAUAAAACACCCCGAAGAGGUGGUGCGAAUGGCUAUGAACGAUAGUCUAAAAUUUGCUGUUUUAAUUGGACUCAUAGAAGUUGGUCAAGUUUCCAAUAAGGAAGUCGUCAACACAGUAUUGCAAUUGAAUUAA